AUGGGGAGAUUGCAGGCGUUGCUGGAGAUGGAUGAGAAUGUUAUGGCAAAAACAGAACACCAUCAUCAUCCAAUUCCUCCUGCUUCUGCUUCUUCUUUUCCCGAUAAUAAGCCAGAGCCGCGUUGGAACGGACAGGGCCUGGAGUUCCAAGAUUUGUCAUACACUGUUACCAAGAAAAUCAAGAAGGACGGCACAAAUAUUUCCAGGGAAGUCGACCUGCUGCAUGAGAUUACCGGCCAGGCUCUGCGAGGACAGGUCUCGGCCGUCAUGGGUCCCAGUGGAGCCGGUAAAUCUACCUUUCUUGACGCUCUUGCCGGUCGAAUCGCCUCUGGCAGCCUCCGAGGAUCGGUCAGCGUCGAUGGCAGACCGGUGAGUACAAGCUACAUGAAAAUGAUAUCGGCAUACGUAAUGCAGGACGACCAACUUUUUCCUAUGCUCACCGUCUACGAAACAUUCCUGUUUGCCGCCGAGAUUCGUCUCCCUCCUUCUGUGAGCUCUGCUGAGAAACGAGAGAGAGUUGAAGAGCUGGUUGAUGAACUUGGUUUGAAGAGUGCAAUGCACACGUACAUCGGAGACGAAGGCAGGCGCGGAGUGUCCGGGGGAGAAAGGAGGAGAGUGUCGAUAGGGGUGGACAUAAUUCACAAGCCCUCUUUGUUAUUCCUCGACGAGCCCACCUCUGGACUCGACUCUACCAGCGCCUUCAGCGUCGUCGAAAAAGUGAAGGACAUUGCAAAGAAGGGCAGCAUUGUCAUCAUGACAAUCCACCAGCCUUCCUUUAGGAUUCAAAUGCUUCUCGACCGCCUCAUCAUUCUUUCAAGGGGACAUCUGUUGUACAUGGGCGGUCCGAAUAACGUUCAGGAGUACCUGUCAGGAUUUGGAAGGGAGGUACCUGAGGGGGAGAAUACCAUAGAAUACAUGUUGGACGUCAUAAAAGAGUACGAGGGAUCGACUGUGGGAUUGGAUCCACUUCUUGCCUACCAAAGAGAUGGAACCAAACCUAGCGAAGCUGCCAAGACACCACAACCGAGAACACCAGCCCGCAGAAGCACAAGGGCAUCGCAUGCAAAGAAUACCAUGCAAGGAGGGUUGAAGACAACGCAGCCAAAAGUUCCAGAGCAAGGAGGGCCCAAGAUAACCCAACAAAAAGUGCCAGAGCGAGGAGGGGCCAAGACAUCCCAACCAAAAGUACCACCAAAACUCAUCAUCCCAGACGAUUCAGAAGAAGAUUCAGACCACUCUCUAGAACGCAAAUCAUACCUGCACAGUGGUAGGCCACCUCGCUUGGCCUCGGACUUCUACAAGGGCUUCUCGAAUGCGGUAUGGCGCACGCCUGGGCAUGCACCCAACUGGUCGACACCAGGUAGGACACCCGGUAGGACACCGGGCGUAACUCCAAGGCGAACACCACGCACAACCUCGAAGCGAUCUACAACCACUCCAGGGCGAUCGACCACAACCCCAAGGCGAUCUGCAACCCCGGGGCGGUCCGCAAUGUGGUCCGCCACCUCAUGGCGGACACCCACCCAGACUCCUAACCAAACCCCGUUCUCGAGCUACAUGCUCAAGACCCCUCAAGAGUCACCCAUCUCAAAACAACACCCAACUGCAGUACCGGUCUUCUCCGUACAAAAGCAACCUCAGGAUGAGUUCAUAAGCAUGAGCGACCUAGGCGAAGAUGAUGAUGAUUAUUAUGAUGAUGGUGAUGACUAUUAUGACGAUGAUGAUGGCCUCGACCACGGCUCCAAGUUCGCCAACCCGUGGGUCCGGGAAGUAGCCGUGCUGUCAUGGCGCAACCUCCUGAACGUGAUUCGAACCCCGGAACUCUUCCUCUCUAGAGAGAUAGUCUUGACCGUCAUGGCCCUAGUCCUCGCCACUCUCUUCCAAAACCUCAACCCUGAAAAAUUCAACCCUGAAAACCUCAACCAAAAAAAUGGCAUAAAGAACGUGAACCACAUUCUCUCCUUCUAUAUAUUCGCAGUCUGCCUGCUUUUCUUCUCAUCCAACGAUGCAGUCCCUACCUUCAUACAAGAGCGCUUUAUAUUCAUCAGGGAAACCUCUCACAACGCAUACAGAGCCUCCUCCUACGUCAUAUCCUCCUUUCUUGUAUACCUGCCUUUCUUCGCAGUCCAGGCUGUUACAUUUGCGGCGCUUACAUAUAAGGUCUGGUUGAAUCUACAAGGAAACUUUUUCUACUACUGGAUGACUCUCUUUGUUUCACUUGUCUCCACCAACGCCUAUGUCAUGCUGGUUAGCGCCACGGUUCCAAGCUAUAUCACAGGAUAUGCGGUUGUUAUUGCAACGACCGCCAUUUUCUUUCUGAACUGUGGUUUCUUCCUCAAGAAAUCGGCUAUCCCAGGAUACUGGAUAUGGAUACACUACAUCUCCGCCAUAAAGUACCCAUUUGAGGCUCUACUGCUGAACCAGUUUAAUGGAGACAAGUGCUACAACUAUGGCCCACCCGUUCCUCAGCCGGGACCUCUUGGCCAGAUUAAACAUAAGAUCCCGCUUCCACAGAACAUGACUGAUAAAACAUGUGGGUUGUUCGGUGACGAUGUGCUUUACACCAUGGACAUUGGUCAGAAGAAUUUUUGGAUCGACAUUCUCAUUCUUUUUGCCUGGGGUGUUCUCUACCGCUUUAUGUUCUAUCUAGUGCUCCGUUUCUGGAGCAGGAACGAGAGAAAAUAG